UAGACCAACUCAAAUAGUUGGAAAAACUCUCAACCUGAAAUGACUUUGCUGGGUCCAGCCAGUCCACCCAGGAGCAGAAGUUCCCAGGGGAAAACUCCAUCAAAACACUAAAUCUCUGUGAACCAACGUAGUUCAGGUGAAAGAGCAUUUAGGGUGGCUGUCAGGGAAGUACCUAAACAGUGGUUUGGGAAGUGUUGUUUGUCCUUCCCCACCAGCAUCAGUGUUUAUACACUUCACCACAGCAUAUUGAGGAGACAUGCAAAUAGAAACAGAGGACUGAAGUUGCAUCAGUUCCCCGCUGUUUCAUGCGUUUCAGUCACCAUCAGUGAUCUCACACUUGCUUUGGUAGGGCCAAAAAACACCUUGCAGCUGCUGCUAGAAUGCGUUUCAAAGAAAUGGGGUCUCUGUAGACCAUGAGCCCUGCCUGCCCUGUCAUAUUAAGGGGAUCACCUCCCAAAUCCUGUAGCCUUCUAUGAGCAAUACCAAGAGAGGGCUGCUUAUUCUGGAAGCAAGGAACAAGACCAAACUCCUCCUCUAUUCACUUACCCUACUCUGUGUUGCCCUCACACUAGUAAAUCAGCCCCUCCCAAAUGCACCUGCCUUGAGUUCUGCUAAUAGCUGUAAAGCCACAAUAUCUGUGACAGCUGUCCUGAUGUUAAACUCCCCGCAGCUGAUUGUUAGCCCAUAGUAACACACAAGUGCUUGCCAAACAGGUUUUACUUCAAAACACAGGCCCAGGGGGUUGACAGUAUCAGCCUUCCUGUAAUUCUAAGUGAGCUUGGCUUUGAUUUCCUAAAUGGGGAGGCAGAUAGGAUCUGUUUGCAGGGAUGUAGAAUGUUCUCGGGGAUAGUUGCACUCACCCCCCAUGAUGCACCUGAAGGGAGCAGGCAAGUGUAACCAGAGCUGAUCUCAGCUUUGGUGAGCAAGGAUCAAUGCUGGGCACCUCUUUACAGGUAAUGAAUAACUCUACUCAGCACUCAAAUCCCUGGCGAAAUCUAGGAGGCCAUUUUGACAUGCUGCAUCUAAUGGGGCCUUGGCAGUGGGGAGACCCAAAGCAGAAAGAAAGCAACAAGUCCAAGUGCAUUGUCUCCUUGCAAUAAAUAAAAUAACUAAACAACCCCAGAGUGAAUACCGAGUGAGAUUUUAAAAGUUGGAUGAAUAACAGAGUGGGCAUUUCAAAGGGGCACGAGGGAAUGAUGCCCUGAGUUCAGAGCACCCAAAUCCUUUAGGUUCCUUUGCAAUGCCCACCCACAAUGUCCAAACUGAGACUGAACCAAAACCCAAGAUCCAGAGAAAUGGGAGGCUUGCAGGAGUUCAGAACUCUGGAUCUAGAUCAGAAUUACGCAGACAGGUCUCUGUGCCAUGGGGGUGUUGUUAGCAUGGGAGGCUAAGGGCAUUCACACCCGUGUUGUUUACAUAGCUUCCAAAGACAUCUGGGCCUGUUUAAAACAUGUCACUGGACCAAAGAGCUUAUCACCAAUGGACCCGAUGGUUACAAGUCCAGUAGCUUGUUCUGAGUGAGGAGGUGGAUUCUUAAUUGGACCUCAUAGCAGCUGGGAUUUGUCCAUGUGCCUCACUAUUUUACAGUGAUGGUGUCCCUUUAAAUAUUGUUUUCACAAGUUAAGGUUACAAAGCAGCAUCUGAGAACAGGAAAUGCUGGGAGGUAGGUCUCACUCGACCGCGGAAAACUGAGUUAAGCAAGAAAGACAGUGACGACUCAGGCCUCAGUUGGGCGGAUAACGUGUAACGGCAAUAUCCCUCCUCUGCGUUCUUACCGAACUAACUUCCCUGAGAGCUUGGGAUCCCUCUCACACAACAAGCGGGUGCCCUGCACUUCGGAAAGGCUGAAACCCUCCCUGAAGCACUACUAGAAGGUAAGACAGAUGGGCUGCUUUUUUAUUCUUGAGGCUGGCUUAGCCUGGAACCUGCUGCAGACACCUGAGCAUCAGGGUUACUGCUAUGCUUCCAGGUGAAGAAACAGCUCCUUUUUGCUCCUUCAGAAUUUUUUGACACCUGGCUUUGUAUAAUCAUCAGGGCUGGAUUUGCAGCAGAAGCAGAAAUGCUUUGAUGCUGAUAUUUAAGGGGGUUGUGCAGGUGGCUGUGAUCUGCAUGAACUGUUGUGAGUAGAAGGCCAUGUAGAAUCAAGGAGACUCCAGCCUAUUCAUCUCAGCUGGGAGGGAUCCUUCAGCUGGACCCACUGGCUCUGCUCCGUGAUGAGCCGAGCCACAAGGCCAUCCUGCUCUUGGUACAGGAUGCACCAGUAAGAUUGGACUGGGGGAUGGGUAGUGUCCCAGACUUCCUAUUAUCCCAUGUGGUCACCUUAUGCUUAAGCCAAUGGGUUGAUUCAGACCAGACAUACAAUGGGGACCCAAGGCUCCUACUUGGGUUAUCUUUAUUUUGAAGCCCAGUGGAGGCUUCAAAUGGUCUGCUUUCUCGCUUCCUGCGUAGGCUGGAUCCUUAUCAGCACCUCUUUUAACCGUUGCUAACCUUACAUCACACUGUAGUGAACUCUGCUUACUCACCAGCCCUCUCACCCCCGCAGCCAGUGUCAUGGCUAAUCUCUGUAGUUCACAUCGAAAUGCCAUUUGUUUAAAUGGAAGAGUCUCAUGCCCUGUGUGGUGGCAAGAGGGGCCAGUGGUGAGGGUGCUGGCCUGCACUUAAGAGGAGGAGUUUAACUCCCUGCUCUGCAAGAGACUCCCUGUGUGACCUCAUGCUUAUGUAUUUUUUGCAGUGAAAAGUUAUUGGAUGAAAAGCAGGCACAGUGUGUUGGGAGUAGGACCAGAACCCAGGACUCUCCCUUCCCAGCUGAGAGCUCUUAUCACAGGGCUGCAGAGACAGUUUCUUCUUACUGUCGCCCUCCCUCUGGCCCCGUGAAUCUUGCAUUCUUGGCUGCAGAGUGGAGGAGUGGAGGCAGUCCCCAAGCAGGGUAGGCCACAGCUGGUGGCUAGGGUGCUCUCAGGAGUGGGGUAAGGGAAGAUGUGGCUUUGAAGCCCCCAAGGGUGAGUAGGGCAUUGAACACAGGGCAAAUGUUCUGGCCAGGGGGCUGUUAUACAACAGGAGUUACUGUAUAAUAGGAAUUAUACAGUAGGAAAGCACCGUCUCAUCAUCACCUCCUCCUGUAUUAAAGGGGCUGCAUGUACCCACACAAAAACCCCAGGCAUUGAGUUUGGAAGGUGUUUUGUACUAUGAACCCCCAGGGGCCUCACCCAAGACUACAGGCAAUGCCAGGGGAGAGGUUGGUUUUCAGACCACCCCCUUCUUUCAGCAACUCUUGUUGGCUGGUUUGGGUAUCUCCCUGAUCUCCAUACUGGUUGUAGUGAAUGCCACUCCCAGGGUUUCUAACUUUGCCCAGUCACUGACUAGGAGUUUUGUUGUCUGGCACAAGCUUGUGAAUUUACACCCCCAGCAUUGGGAUCUUGGCCCCUUUGUUGAUCCGGCCCUUCGCUUCUCUGCUUCUCAGUGCCCCAGCUGCAGCAUCGGGAUAAGAGCCGUGCCCUGCUGCACAGGGGUGUGGUGAGGACACGCAUUAAAGCCCCAGUGGUCCUCUGAGCUUGCAGGGAAGGGAGCUGGAGGACCUGGGAGAGACGAGUAGACAGAGCUGGGGCUUACUGUGAAAUGCAGGCAUAAGACUGCAGACGGGAGCCUCAAAGGGAUUCUCUUCGUGGUUUUUACCAGCAGAAUCUAAGAGCCCCCAUCUGGGAUGACUCCAAACUUUGCAGCCUGUUGGGAAGGAUUUAAAAAGUGCUAUAAAUAAAAACCAGGAAAAAUUAGCAGAUCUGCUAAAGGGCUUAGUAAGAAGCCUGGUUUGCUUUUACACUGAAGUCUCAACCUGCUCCUCUAGUAGCCUAUGGCUGGGUCAGGGCUCUGUACCAGACCUGAUCCUAGCUGCUGCCAGGAGAAUCCCAAAUUCACUGAUACCUGAUGAUUUAUAACAUAUAUCCUACCCUAGCCUAUCAUUUUCUUUUCCUGGAAUGAACUUUCAAAACCAAAAGCAGAGACUGUAGCUAAUCCUAGCGCUCCAGGAACUGAGGCUUUAAGAGAAAUGCCAAAUAUCCCAAGUUAGGUGGUAGAAUUGUAAGAGUAGUACAGUGAAACCCACACAGCUUUUGGCUUCAGUUCCCCAAAUUUGAGUCUGCUGCUAUCCUAGGGGGCUGAGUUUCCUUUGAAAAGGAAAGUCAAAGCUGAUCCAGGAGGCUGAUCUGCUGCUGCCAUUCACAGGAUCUUUUUUUAAAUUUUGUGUCUGGGGCCAAAUCAGUUCCAAAUUCUAUUGACUGAGCACACUUCAAUCGUUCAAGUCUGUGCGGCGCUACCACCAGCAAGUGUCCUACCUCCCAGCCUCUUCAGCCUGAGGCUUCAGAUACUCCAAAAUCCAUGGCAGGCAUCCUACAUGCAGGCCCCAAACCCAGAGGUAUUGGCAUUCAGAUGCUCCCUCAUCUUGCUUGCCCUGUGCCAAAAGGUUGAAGGAGCAAGUUAGAGAGAAAGCUGGAGAGCAAUCCCCCAUCACCAUAAAUUGUGUAGCCGAGAUCCUCCCAUUGGGAAGCCUUAGUAGACUCUUGCAUAGGUGCCCAUCUGCAGUGCAAGGGAGUAGGGACAGGUCUCCACCCUCUAACUACACCAAGUCAUUCAAGGCUGAGAAGAAGGGGAUCUCCCUUGCCAGGUAAGUAAAGCCACCAGGGAUGAAAAUCAUGAUCAUGGUAUUUCCUUUACCAGAUCUCUCUCCCCCGCCCCAUCACAGAUCAGUCGCUCAGAAUGAGUAAGGCAUUUUACACUGCAGUGGCACUGUCCCUGUCCUGCUGAGUUCAGCCUCAGACACCAUAUAUAAAGGAAGAGCAGAAGUAAGACCAUGAGCAUUCCCAGGACCUGCUUUUCCUGCCCUUAGCAUAAGGCAUAGGGGAACAAAAGGGGCUUUAAACUUUUUGUGCUUCUUGUAAUCUGCAAUGAUGCCAAGUAAGCUAGAGUUACCCCAAGACUACUUUAACCUAUGCUCUGCCUCCGAGGAUCUUCCUUCCUGAGCCCUGGGAAGAAAAGACUAGCUCUAAUGUGGUGCCUGCAACCCACCUCCUGAUGGCAGAAGCUAGCAGCAAGUCUAGUACAGAGCCCCUACCCCAGCCUGCCACUGCUUCCUGUACAGCAUGGUCUGCUGCCAGAGUGGGUAUAAAUGCAAACCGGACCUCUUGUUCAGACCUUUAGUGAAUCAAAUCCAGGAGGCUGAUCUGCUGCCAUUCACCAUAUCUGUCAGGUGCUUCUGCUUGAGGCUUGACUCUUGGUAUCUGCAAUGCUGCUUUCAUUCGCUCAAACCCAAGCUCCCUUCCCAGUUCAAACCCUCAGUACACCUGGCUUAACUCCUUUACUUGUGGCUAUUAAUGUCCAAUGUUUUGAAGAAAAAUGCCAGAGAGUGGCUUUGGUUUGGGCAGAGGGAUCAAUUUUGGGAUGCUUUUCUCUCCCUCUGUGUUGGCUGAGCAGCAGGAUGGGGUCGGGGCCAAGCCACUGGCCCUGAGGAGUAGGAGGUCCAUCUCUAACUCUCUUGGCUCUUACGUGAAUUCCCUAUGUAGCCACAGGCAGCAGCUUUAGGUGGCAGUUUGUCAGCUGCAGGGAUGUAGCCAUGUGCCCAGCAGGAGCUAGGAAUAGUGAAACUGCCUGUACUUCCUCAGUGUGAGAGGUCUGUGGCCCAGAGAACUAAUCCAGUUAAAAGCCUGUUACUUAAAUACACUGAGGGGAGGAAGGAGAGCAUGGUGCCCUCUUAUUUCCCUCUUCAAAGGGCUGAGCCGUAUGUUCAAAGGCUAUGGAGCGGAAGAGGACUCCAGCCAAAGGCAGGCGGCUGGGUUCCAGCCGACGGAAGCAACUAAGAGACAUGAGUGACCAGGCAAAGGAAUCCUCGAUCCUAGAGGAGGAGCCGGUGGCGUCCGAAAUAAUGGAAAAGGUCCGGGAUUUCUUCCGGGAAUGCGACAAGGACCAGAAAGGAUUCAUCACGCGUGCCGACAUGCAGAACCUGAAGAUGAGGGAUCUCCCAUGCAGCGCCGAGGAGCUGGAGUUCAUCUUCGAUACUCUCGAUACUGAUAAGAAUGGAUCUUUAACGACAGAGGAAUUCACCACAGGGCUGCGGCAGUUCCUGAGCUCACAGACUGCAACCAGAGAGCAUCGGAGGAGGAAAACAGCUUCCCGGAGGGUGCACAUGAUGUCAGCUGACCUGUCUCUGGAAGAUGUGGAUAGUGAGGAAAGGAAAUGCUUCAUAGACUUCAUGGACCAACUGGAUGCAGAGCACAUCUUUGAAGACCAGUCGGAGAUUUGGAAGCUGUGGGUGAAAUUGCGUCAGGAUGAGCCGCACUUGCUGGGCAACUUGGAGGAGUUCCUGGCCAAGAUGACAAAUCGGAUCAAGGAAGUAAGGAGUGAAAAGGCAACCCUGGAGCUGACCUUAACCAAACAAGUCACUGAACGCAACAGAGAGGUGCAGCAUCUGUAUGAAGAAAUGGAGCAGCAAAUCCACCAGGAGAAGCAGCGGCUGCAUCAUGAGAGCAAGGCUAGAAGUCACUUGCAGAGCACGGAGAUGCAGAGAGCACUGGCCAUCAAGGAGAGGGAAGUGCAGCACCUGGUAUUGACCCAAAAGGAGCUUGAGACUGAAUUUCAUAGCCUCCAGACCAACCAGCAGGCUGCCAGCUCUGAAAACCAGCAGCUGAAACAAACCAACCAGGACCUGGAGACCCAGCUGCACCAAAUCCACCAGCAGCUCCAAGAGACCCAAGAGUACCUGGGUGCUAUGAAAAGCAGGGUAUCCCAGCUGCACAGUGAAGAAACAAGGGACAGACCACUGGCUGACAUGUCCUUUGAGACUCCUUCACCUUCCCAGGAAAUGCUGAAUAAGGAAAUGCCCCACUCUGAAAUGUGGAUCAGGCUUGGAUCCCAGCUCAGGCAUCAGGAACCAGAGGGCACCCCUCAGCUGGCACCACAGAAAGGGCCAGAAGAAGAAAACAUUUCCAUUGCUGCUGGGAGUGAUUCAGGCCCCUGGAAAAGAGUGAUCUCCAUAGAAGAGGAUCCUGUCUUAGAGUUCAUGGAGGGACAGCAGUGUUUCCCACAAGAGCUUACAGGCCAAAGCUCUCUGCUGCGAGAACUGAAUGAUGCAAUAGCAGCUCUGAAAAGAGGGCCAGAAAUACGGAGAGAUGAGCUCCUCCCACAAAGAGAUGGUUCUUUACAGCCGGGCAGACAAGAUGUGCAGCCUCCUGAUGUUUCAGACCAGGUGAUACAAGAGGAAGUUCAGAAGCAGGCACCAAUGCAGAAGGAUGGGCUUGUUCCAGAUGUGAAGACAGCUGCUAGUUCUGAGCAGGCAGUGCCAGAGGAGAAUCCUCCCACAGCAAAGGUACCAGAGAACAUGACCCUUGAGCAUAAAGAGCCAGAGAAACAGGAGGUUCCACAAAACUAUUCCUCUCUCAUGGAGAUGCUACACAUGGAACAUAUUGAGACUAACCUUGAGCGAAGGAUUCUCAGAGACAGCCUGUUUGGGGAUGUACACAUGGCUGAGAGUCUGUCCCACAGCCCUAGGAAACCUAAAGCAGAAGAAACCAAAGAAGAUGCAAUGGAAACGAAACAAGAACUCAGUGUUGAUGUGAACAAGGCAGUGAGCCCUGAACCAGGAGAGUCCCAAAAGAGUCCAGCAGAAGACUUCAUCAAAGACCCUGGCCCUGAUCCAGACCAUCUUUAUAAUGUAUUGUUUGUGGGGGACUCCAAUGUUGGCAAAACUUCCUUUCUGUACCGGCUACAUGACGAUUUCUUCAAUCCACGCCUGACUGCUACCGUAGGAUUGGAUUAUCGGGUCAAAAACCUUUUUGUGGAUGAGAAGUGCUUUGCUCUGCGCCUGUGGGACUCGGCUGGUCAAGAAAGGUAUCAUAGCAUCACCAAGCAGUUCUACAGAAAAGCUGAUGGAGUGGUAUUGAUGUAUGAUGUCACUUCAGAAUACUCCUUUGCAGAUGUGCGGUACUGGCUGAAUUGUAUCCAGGAAGGUGCGGAAGAUAAGGUUGUUAUCCUUCUGCUUGGUAACAAAAUAGACUGUACUGCAGACAGACAAGUGUCUACUGAACAAGGUCAACGCUUGGCAAAGGAAAAUCAUCUCUCGUUCUAUGAAUGCAGUGCUGCCUCAGGCCACAAUGUCUGCGAAUCCAUGGUUGCCUUAGCCAGGUUGCUAAAAGAUCAAGAAGACAAAUUAAAAAAUGAGGCAGCGGAGGUACCAGCACCUCCCCAGAAAAAAAGAGGCUGUUGUGGGUGACCAACAGGACCCCUGCCGUGGUCUAUGCAUACUAUUACAGCCAGAAAGCAUACAAAUAGCUUCAUCUUAACCAUCUCUGUGUCUGACCUUACUGAUUUCCCCUCAGGCACUGCAAAGCAAAAGCAGUUAUGAGGGAGUGGGCUGCAAUCUGUUCUGAAUCUGUCUCAUUCAUGUCUAAUCAACUGCUAUUAUUGCCCAUCUCCAGAGUAUCUAAGUGCUUAAUGUGUUAAUGAAAGAACUGAUGUUUCCUAAUUAAGAGAUCAAAACUGUGAUCCUUCUCUGCAACUGAUGAUGCAAAAAGCACAAAGGACCUAGCCAAUUUUUCAGAGCCUUAGAUGAGUUACUGGAAUCAGCAAAGAGCAAAAACCUUUGAGGGUGAAAUUCAACUCAGCACACAGGGCCAACACAAGGCCUGUGUUAUCACCAGGAGCUGUAGAACAGUGGUUAACGGUGCUUAGGCCUCUGUCUGGUGGCAAGUUUCACUCUCAAUUUGUAAACUGAGAAAAUGUGAUUCCAAAUCAAUAGACAGAGAAUGUACAGCAGACCAUGAACUCAUUUUACAGUUAUUUCUUUUCAGAUUGCACUUUCUAAAGUAUACUAUCAGUUUAAAUUUCUUCACCUGUACAUCUAAUUUUGUUUUUGCCUGCCUUUCAUGUUUUACUAUGCCUGCAAGUAAGAAAGGAUCACUUUCUCUGUAUAAAAUUGCUAUUAAAAACUACAAUAAGAAAUGCACAGAAAAAUUGAUAGAAGCCACAGGAUAAAUAAUAAAAAGUACUUUGGGAUGAAGAGCAACUGAAUUAUUUUGAAUGAAGUGCACUCUAAGAAGCAAGGGCUUAUUCCAUUAUAACAAGCCAGGGAAAGGGAAAUCCAGAUGUUGUAAACUGCAUGUAUAAACACCCUUGCUUUGUUUUU